GCGAGGCGGCCCCGACAGCGGCAGCGUCGGCUCCCCGGCCAGCGGCACCAUGUCCGCCGCGCAGGUGUCGUCGUCCCGGCGGCAGUCGUGCUACUUGUGCGACCUGCCCCGUAUGCCCUGGGCCAUGAUCUGGGACUUCACGGAGCCCGUCUGCCGCGGCUGCGUCAACUACGAGGGCGCCGACCGUAUCGAGUUCGUUAUAGAGACGGCGCGGCAGCUGAAGCGGGCGCACGGCUGCUUCCAGGACGGCCGCUCCCCGGGCCCCCCGCCGCCCGUCGGCGUCAAGGCGGUGCCGCUCUCGGCCAAGGAGGCGGCGGCGGCGGCGGCGGCGGCCCAGCAGCAACUCAACCAUGUGGACGCGUCCUCCAAGGCGGCCUCGGGGCUCUCCCAGUCCGGCCUGGAACGCUACGGGCUGAGCGCGGCGGCGGCCGAGCAGCGCGGCCGCUUCGACGGCCGCGGCGGCGGCGGCCCCCCGGCGCCCUCCGCCUCUUCCCAGGGGGGCGCGUGCGGCGGCGGCGGCGGCGCCGGGGGAGGCGGCGGCCCGGCCGCGGAGGGCUGCGGCAAGCGGCCGGGAUCGGUGUCCAGCAGCGACCAGGAGCGCGAGCUGAAGGAGAAGCAGCGCAACGCCGAGGCGCUGGCUGAGCUGAGCGAGAGCCUGCGGAACCGGGCCGAGGAGUGGGCCAGCAAACCCAAGAUCGUGCGGGACACACUGCUGACGCUGGCCGGCUGCACGCCCUAUGAGGUGCGCUUCAAGAAGGAUCACGCCCUGCUCGGCCGCGUCUUCGCCUUCGACGCCGUCUCCAAGCCGGGCAUGGACUAUGAGCUGAAGCUCUUCAUCGAGUACCCCAGCGGCUCUGGCACAGUGUUCUCCAGCGCCUCCGGCGUGGCCAAGCAGAUGUACCAGGACUGCAUGAAGGACUUCGGCCGCGGCCUCUCCUCGGGCUUCAAGUACCUGGAGUACGAGAAGAAGCACGGCUCCGGCGACUGGCGGUUGCUGGGGGACCUGCUGCCCGAGUCUGUGCGCUUUUUCAAGGAGCUGGUGGGCGCUGACAUGCUGCCGCAGCCCUACCUGGACGCCAGCUGCCCCAUGCUGCCCACGGCGCUGGUGAGCCUCCCGCGGCCCGGGGCCGGCGCCGGCGGGACGCAGGGCGCGGCCGCAGCCUCCCGGGGCCCGGGCGGCGGCGGCGGCAGCGGGAGCGGGGCCAUGCGCAAGAGGAAGGCGUCCCCCGAGCCCUCGGACUCGGCCGAGGGGGCCCUGAAGCUGAGCGACGAGCAGCAGCGGCAGCAGUGGAUGGCCAGUCAGAGCGAAGCGCUCAAGCUCACCAUGUCGGCCGGGGGCUUUGGGGCGGUGCACGGUGGGGGCCCCCCGCCGCCGCCACCGCCGCCCCUCGGGCCCCACUCCAACAGGACCACGCCGCCCGAGUCCGCCCCCCAGAACGGACAGUCCCCCAUGGCCGCGCUCAUGUCGGUGGCCGACACGUUGGGCAAUGCCCACUCGCCCAAGGACGGCAGCUCGGUGCACUCCACCACCUCUACCCGCAGGAACAGCAGCAGCCCCGUGUCGCCGGCCUCCGUACCGGGCCAGCGCCGCCUGGCCUCCCGCAACGGGGACAUGAACCUGCAAGUGGCCCCUCCUCCCCCCAGCGCCCACCCCGCCAUGGACCAAGUGCACCCCCAAAACAUUCCGGACUCCCCCAUGGCCAACAGCGGGCCCCUGUGCUGCACCAUUUGCCACGAACGCUUGGAGGACACCCACUUUGUUCAGUGCCCCUCGGUGCCCAGCCACAAGUUCUGCUUCCCCUGUUCCAGAGAGAGCAUCAAGGCCCAGGGGGCGACCGGCGAGGUCUACUGCCCCAGCGGAGAGAAAUGCCCCCUCGUAGGUUCCAAUGUGCCUUGGGCGUUUAUGCAGGGCGAGAUCGCUACCAUCCUAGCCGGGGACGUUAAAGUGAAAAAGGAGAGAGACCCUUGAGUAGGAAAUCCCAUCCCUUCAGGCUCCUGAAGAUGUAGAAUUGUGAAUAUAACGAACUGCAAAAGUUAGUCUUAUGUAUAGACAUUAUUUUCGUCGUAUGUUUCUAUAUUUUGAAACAAAGGUAUGUACUCUUCUUCAUUUGAAGGAUAGAGCUGGUUUUUGUUAAACAGAAUAUAAUAUUGUUUGGUUACUACAUAAUACCUGUUCUCAUUUCUUUGGCAGUGUGUUGGCUAGGUACCAAGUUAAUAGCCCUUAGCGAUUACCUGCUGCUGGUGUGUAUUUUUGUAAAUGUAUGCACUUCUCUGACAGAAAGAAGAAAAACAACAACAAAAAAAAUUUUUUAUUUUUAUUUUUUUUUUUUUGCCAAGGCCAGUGUUGAUGCCUAAAAAAUUGCUACGAAAAAUGGUGACAGCUUCUGUUUUAUGAGCCCUGAGUGUUAGUCCUUCACUUUCUUUUUUCUGUUUUUGUUUUUUUUGUUUGCAAACGGUGGGGUGGCUCUGGGGGGAGGGCGUUUUUUUGUUGCAAGUUUGUAAGGAAAAUGUUUCAGUUUGUUUCUAUUGAUCUGAACGUUUUUAAUCUUCAUGUGUUUUUCGUUUUUGCUUUUAUUGAUGCACGGAUGCUUUUGAACAGUAGAGCAAAACGCUGUACAUGAAAACAUGCUCUGUUUGUCCUUUAUACAUUUCUGUAGUUAACAGAACACUGUAAUGUGCCUUGGAGCUUAGUAAAUUGUAAUAAAUUCAAUUGAUAUUAAUA